AUGAAACUGAUAAUAGUCCACCAAAAUCAGGAAAAUCGCGCCGGCGCCGGCGGCGAGGAGCAAACGGUGAAAACCGAAGCCGAGGAGGUCGAGCAAGUGGAGGAAUCUCCGAUUCGCGUCCCGCCGGCGGGUGAGGGCUUUCUGGCGCUGGAGGCUCCGCCGGUUCCCGAUAAUAACCCGAUGCUUGUCUCUGGCAAGAGGAAGAGGAAACCGAAGGAAAUGAUUGACGAGGUUUCUACCAUCUACAGGAGGAAGAAGAAGAAAUCCUCCUCUUUGAAACCUAAGGAACCGGUUUAUAAAUUGCUUGAGCAGGGUUCGCCUGAUAGUGGAGGCACACUGAUAAGUAAAGGAGAUGCCUCAGUUGGUGGGUCAAGCAAUCCUGCGCAAGUGAAGUCACCUACUUUGAUUCGAGCAGAGGAGGUUCAGAUGAGUUUGAGCAACGACCACCCUUCGUUUUUAAAAGUUUUAGUCAGAUCACAUGUUGGCAGUUGUUUCUGGAUGGGUCUUCCUGUUCCCUUCUGCAAGAUACAUUUACCUAGCAAGGACACUCAGAUUGUUCUUGAAAAUGAAAAUGGGGAAGAGUUCCCGAUCAAAUACAUUGCGCAUAAGACGGGUCUAAGUGCUGGGUGGAGAAAAUUUGUUGCUGGAAACAAGUUGAUUGAAGGAGAUGUUCUGAUCUUCCAACUAAUCGAGCCUUGCAGAAUAAAGGUAUAUGUUAUAAGGGCAAACGAUUUGACUGAGGUCGAUGGUGCUCUUAGUCUUCUGAUAUUGGAUUCCAAAAUAAAACAGGAUGCUGAGGAAAAUAUGGAUGUGCAAACCAAGAAAAAGCGCCCGAAAUCUCUCCCUCUAACAGUCGUGCAGAAGAAGAAAGACACCGAAUUCCCCUCACUAAGACCCCAUGUCAGCGGAUUUGCCGAAGAACAUUCUGGAAACAACAGCGAGGAGGUUGCCUCCGAGGUCCUCGAGGGCACCAAGUCUAACGGAUCUUCCAUCCAAUUCAAUGACGUCAAAAGCUUUGAGGACUUCCGCAUCAUAGUCAAUGGGGUGUGUCUCGACCCGGAACUGCCUGAAGACAUACGCCGGGCGUACUACGACUUAUGCUGCAGGAAGAAUGCUUACCUUCACGAUCGUGUUCUCCCGGGCCUCUACAGCAAGCUAGCUGCUGGCAUGAUUGUUGAAACCAUAAGCAUUGCUGACUUUAUAAGGGGCUGUAAGCUGACCACCCCUAAAAAGGAUUUUGAGGUGGGGGAGAAGUCUCUGAGAUCAUUUGAGCUUCUCGGGCUGAAUGUUGGGUUUUUGCGGUCCCGUUUGCGCCGGCUUCUCAGUUUGGCGCACGAUUCGGAAGGAGGGAUGGAUGUGAGGACGUACUUUGAGGCCCAGAAGGAGAAAAGUGAACUUGAGGAUGAGAUUUGGAAACUCGAGACAAAGCUCGUGGAGCUGAAGGAAUUGUACGGUAAGUGUGCUCGUGAUGUGGAGAAUUUGCAAGCGAAAGCUGAGAGCUAUCAGGCGAAGUUCCAGGAGGAGGUUGAUGCGCCGUGGUAA